AUGACCACCGAUCCGCUGAGGCAUAUUUUGGCACUCAGCAACAAUAUCCGAGUUGAGAAGUCCAAGGUCCAGGAUAUGACGAAACUGUGGCCUGGGGGCGAGCCGAUGCUACUAUGGUAUCUGGCAUCAGAAGUCUCAGACACACUCUCGGACAUCAUUGGAACUCAUCCGUUGACCUGUGUAUCGCCUCCCGGCAAGCCGCAAGAUACGAUGGAUCGCAAGCAGCGACAGGAGUCACCUACCGAUGGCGGCGACGAGGGUUCUGGAAAUGACCGCAGCAAUGACAGCAAAGGUGAGAAUGAUGGUCGUGGUAUGGGAGAACUUAGCAGUAGCUCAGUAGGAGGGAAAGGUCUCACUGAGGAUCAUCCUGAGGCCACCGAGGUGCGUUCACUUCUAGUUGGACAACGUCGAUCCCUCGAUGACUCGAACGACCCCCAGAAAUUGAUAAAUGCGGCCCUCAACCGCGAACUCGUGCUUCUUUACCUCCAAUACUUCAUAUAUGACUCUCCAGUCCCUGCCUCAUUUGUUCGCUCUUUGCCCUUGACUCUGCCAAUGUCCAGUUCUCCGUUUUAUCCACCGGACCGCAUGUAUGAACCACAUGCAUCCCUCCGUGGCACCCUGGAACCAGAUGACAUGGAUGGAGUCACACCACUGGACGUCGUCCUGAUGCUUGCAUUCAGGACUUGGCAGCGGGAUUAUCUCAAGAGCGAAUACAAAAUUUAUCUCCAUUUAAAGUCGAAAGGCGUUCAUCAAGGUAUCACAACGGUGCUUGGUCACUUUGAUGAUAGGGAAGGAUCUGCUUGUGCUCUAGUCAUGCUCUAUGCGGGAGUUCCGAUCUCUCAUCUGGGGAGAACGUUGAUAAUCUGUGAGUGCAACUCAGCUUUAUCAACGUUGGAGUCCAUCCACCGUGCAGACGUGAUCCAUGGUGACAUCCGUUCAGAUAAUAUUCUUACCGGUGACUCGGGAGUUACAAUCAUCGACUUUGCUUAUGCGGAACAAAGCAGUAGUAAAAAAGCCAAGGAGGGAGAGCAUGCUUGCCUUCAGUCCAUUCUUCAAGACUUGGCAACUCUAUCAACGUUGGAGUCCAUCCACCGUGCAGGUGUAAUCCAUGGUGACAUCCGUUCAGACAACGUUCUUAUUGGCGACUCGGGGGUUACAAUCAUCGACUUUGCGUACGCGGAACAGAGCAGUAGUAAAAACGCCAAGGAGAGAGAGCACGCUUGCCUUCGGUCCAUUCUUCAAGACUUCGCAAGUAAGGAUUUGUAUUCUCGUUGA